GCAUCGCCACUAUUGACGUUACACCGGAAGGAGAGAGGCCGAGCUGGAACAAAUUGGAACGAUAGAGUACUAGAUUGCUAGAGAGGAGGAUGAGAGAGGAGGUUCCUCUUCCGGCUCACCCACGGGAGGAGGAUGGCUUCGGCGGAGCCUCUUGUGCUGCUUGGAGGGUGGAAGCGGCUCCUGGGAGCAUUUCCAGAUACAUCUGAUGAUAAACCUUUGUACUGCUGAUAAUUUGUGAAUCAUCAAAGUGAAAAAGAGAAAUUAAUGACUGAAUGGAUAUUUGAACUUGGACACAAAUGUGUCAAAUAAUUCUUAACUAAUACAAAGAAGAUGUCAAUAAGAGCACUCUGGAAAACUGAGAAUAACAAGCAACAUUGGAACAGAAAAUAAAGCCAGCCAGAAAUCAAAAUAUUUUCCAUUUCCUUCAGAAAACCACAAAAUUCUUCUCCUUUUCCAGCAGUUGAGAGACAAAAGGAGAGAAAUUAAGAGGAGAUUUCAAGCUAGAAAAAGUGGAAUCUGAAAAACUCAAGAAUACGUUACAUGAAAGAUCAAGGGAGAUUAUAUUUCAUUCAGAAAAAGAGUGGAAGUGAGCGGGGAGAAAAAGGUCUAUUUGAUAGCCACAUAGGGCUGACAGUGAUGCAGGCCUGGCCUUGUGAGGAGGAGAACAGCUGGAAUUAAAGCAUCAGUAAAAAAAUAAUCACAUGUAUAUUAGACCUCAAGAAUAUCAAUGUUGGAAAAACUCCUAUUGUAGCAAAAGUACAGAUUGUAAAUCACAACUGAUUAUGCAUGAGAGAAUCCACAUUGUAGAAAAGCCAUAGCAAUGCUAUAAAUGUGAGAAAUGGUUUACUCUGAACAGCUCUCUUGUGGUUCAUCGAAGGACAUAUAUAGGACAGACAGCCUGCAAAUUCUUUCAAUGUGGUAAAUACUUUAGCAAGCAUCAAGGACUUACACCAGGGAGAAGCUAUAAGUGCCCAGUUUGAGAGAAAAGUUUCAUUAGAAAUUCCCACCUGAUGAGACACCUGAAGACUCACCCCGGGGAGAACCCCUUUGAAUGUCCUGAUUGUGGGGAAAUUUUCAGUUACAAUUCCACCCUGGUAAUAUACCAGAAGACUCACAUGGGAGAGACACCCUUUGCAUGUCCUGACUGUGGGAAAAGUUCCAGUCAGAAUUCCCACCUGGUAGUACACCAGAGGGCUCACACAGGAGAGAAACCAUAUGAGUGCCCAAAGUGUGGGGAAAGUUUCAGAUGGUAUUCCCACUUGGUGUCACAUCAGAAGACUCACACAGGAGAGAAACGGUAUGAGUGUCCAGAGUGUGGGAAAUUCUUCAGUCAUAAUUCCAGCUUAAUGACACACCAGAGGACUCACACAGGAGAAAAACCUUAUGAAUGUUCAGAGUGUGGGAAAUGUUUCAGUAAAAAUUCCAACCUGGUGACACACCAGACGACUCACACGGGAGACAAACCGUAUGUGUGUCCAGAGUGUGGGAAAAGUUUCAGUCAUAAUUCCAGACUCCUGACACACCAGAGGACUCACACAGGAGAGAAACCAUAUGAGUGUCCAGAAUGUGGGAAAAGUUUCAGUUAUAAGUGGACCCUGGUGACACACCAGAGGACUCACACAGGGGACAAACCGUAUGAAUGUCCAGAAUGUGGGAAAAGUUUCAGUCAGAAUUCCAGCCUCGUGACACACCAGAGGAUUCAUUCCCAGGACAUGUUGUAUGAAUGUCCAGAGUGUAAGAAAAGGUUCAGUAAUAAUACCAGCCUGGUAACACACCAAACAACUCACAAAGGAGAGAAACAGUAUGAGUGUCCUGAGUGUGGGAAAAGUUUCAGAUGGAAUUCCCAGUUGGUAUCACAUCAGAAGACUCACAUGGGAGAGAAACCCUAUGAGUGUUCAGAGUGUGGGAAAAGGUUCAGUAAUAAUGCCAGCCUGGUGACACACCAGAGGACUCACACAGGAGAAAAACCAUAUGAAUGUCCAGAGUGUGGGAAAUGUUUCAGUAGGAAUUCCAACCUGGUGACACAUCAGAGGACUCACACGGGAGAGAAACCGUAUGAGUGUCCAGAGUGUGGAAAAAGUUUCAGUCAUAAGUGCAGCCUGGUGACGCAUCAGAGGACUCACACAGGGGACAAACCGUAUGAAUGUCCAGAUUGUUGCAAAAGUUUCAGUCAGAAUUCCCACCUGGUGACACAUCAGAGGACUCAUUGCCAGGACAAAUUGUAUGAAUGUCCAGAGUGUAAGAAAAGAUUCAGUAAUAAUGCCAGCCUCUUGACACAUCAGAGGACUCACUCAGGAGAGAAACCGUAUGUGUGUCCAGAGUGUGGGAAAAGUUUCAGUCAUAUUUCCAGUCUGGUAAGACACCAGAGGAUUCACACAGGAGAAAAACCGUAUGAAUGUCCUGAGUGUGGGAAAAGUUUCAGUCAUAUUUCCAGUCUGAUAAGACACCAGAGCACUCACACAGGGGACAAACCAUAUGAGUGUCAGAAAUGUGGGAAAGGUUUCAAUCAGAAUUCCAGCCUCGUGACACAUCAGAUGACUCACACAGGAGAAAAACCAUAUGAGUGUCCAGAUUGUGGGAAAAGUUUCAGUCAGAAUUCCAAUCUUAUGAAACACCAAAGGACUCACACAGGAGAAAAACUAUAUGAAUGUCCAGAAUGUGGGAAAUGUUUCAAUAAGAAUUCCAACCUGGUGACACACCAGAGGACUCAUACAGGAGAGAAACCGUAUGUG